UGCUUGUACAGUGGAUUUCAUCCUCCAUUCAUUGCAGUUAAUGCAAAACGUUGUUUUUGUUAGUGUAAAAUGUUUAUUCGAUAUCUACUUCUUUUAGCAAAUGUUCUUGUUAUGUCAUCCGUAUGCGCCAAAACAGUAACUGGAGUAUUCAAGAGCGAAACUUCAAGACAGAACAGUGGCCAGUACAUUUCAAAAUUUGUGUACCAUGGAAAAGAUGCCUUGUUAUGCUGCAGACUUGAAGAUUCCCCAGUAGCAACUGAAAAGGAGUCAAAGCUAAUUCUUUACCGAGAACAAGGAUGGUUAAAUUUGCUGCGCGCUUUUGAAAAUCUCAGUUGCUUGGAACAACUUGAAAAAGCGGAUUUAAAAAUUACAUUGUCACAGGAAGAGCUGAAUCAGACAAUUCCCCAAAUGCCACAUCCACAAACAUGGCACAUUUUAUAUGUCGACAUGCAUACCUGCCAAGAAAAUGAAAUUAAUGCUGAUUCAGAUGGCAUUAAAUAUGAGAUUAGAAUGCUGAAUCCAGAUUCAGCAGGAAAUCCAAUGGACCAUUUCAGUGCUGAGGAAUCUGGUUUACAUGACUUCUACUUUCUGCUAAUAUUAGCUUACUUUGUUGCUGCCUGUAUAUAUGCUCAGCCAUUAUGGCAGACUAUCAAAAAAGGUGGUCCGAUGCAUACAGUUUUGAAAGUCUUGUCUUCGGUACUGUUCUUACAGGCAACUGCUGCCCUCUUGAACUACAUUCACAUGUCAAGGUACUCAAAGGAUGGAAUUGGAGUUCCCUUGCUAGGAAGUUUUGCAGAAUUAUGCGACAUGAUCUCGCAGAUUCAGAUGCUGUAUAUGUUGCUAAGUCUCUGUAUGGGCUGGUCACUGGGAAGAACUCGCAAAUCCCAAAGCAAACCUCUACAGUGGGAUUCAACUCCAGCAUCAACUGGUAUUGCUGUAGCAGCUGUUAUCACUCAGUGUAUUCUACUUCUUUGGGAACAGUUUGAAGACACUGACCACCACAGCUAUCAUGCACAUCAGAGUAUGGCUGGAUUGUUCCUUAUUGGUUUAAGGGUUUGCCUUGCUAUGUUAUUAGCUUCUAGUCUUUACCAAAUCAUCACUGUGGAGAGAAGUGCACUUAAAAGAGAUUUCUACUUGAGCUUUGCCAAGGGCUGCUUUCUUUGGUUCCUUUGUCAUCCAGUGAUUGUGAUUGUUUCAGUGAUAUUCAAUGAAUACCAGCGAGAAAAGAUCAUCACAAUUGGCGUUAUUCUUUGCCAGUCCAUAUCUGUGGUAGUUCUAUAUAGACUUUUCCUUUCCCGCAGUCUCUACUGGGAAGUCUCAUCACUGUCAUCUGUCACACUGCCCUUAACCAUGUCGAGUGGACAAAAGAGUCGGUAUUAUUCUUAGCAAAGUAUCUGAAGAGGGGAGUGAACAUAUAUUGUGCAAUAUAUUGACCAAUGCUGCAUACAGCUAUCAAUCAACAGAGGGGCUUAGUCACUCAAGAAGGGCACAAACAUCUAUUGCAUGUCAUGAAGCUGCUGGCAGAAGCUGUUGAUAUACAUUUGGAAUAUCUUUAAAGAGCAUAAAUUAUGCUGUCAAAAUUUAAUUUUUGUAAGGACUGAUAUACAUUAUUUUUUAGAAUUAAGAGUAAAAUUCUUGCACAGUAUUUGUGGGAUUAUUUAUUUUUUGUUAUUAUAUUCUGAUGUCUUUAAUGCAUGCUCACUUUAUUUGCUCAUUAAAUGAUAGAUAAUGCUGUGUUUCUUUCACUGAGGACACCAUACCAUGGAACCUGUAUUAAAUCUAGCAUGUUGCCAGAUGCA